CCCAGUCACUCUCACUAUCAACGUACGGCACAGUUUUUCUCGAGUGACCGUAGCGAACAGUUUGAUAGUGAAACUGUUAUAUUUAAGCAGUUUUUAUCUCAUCAUUAUAUGAUAAAAGACUUUUGUCGAUGGGAGUCUGCUCUCCGAUAAAAGACUUUUGUGAUGCUUAGAUAAAAACUAUUUUUCUUGUGCGUGUAAAUAACAAAACAAAAUAAAAUUAACGAUGAAGCCACGGCGCGUCAAGCAGUGGGUUGGCAGUAAUAAGUUGCUGAUCGUGGUCGGAUUGCUGGCGUUGUGCUUUUGCAUAUCCACGGUAGCACUCGCUGCGAGGGGAACUACUUGCAAACGGGACCUAGAUGGGACAACUCGAAUUAAACUUUCCCAAGUGAAUAAUAAUGCUGUGAGCAUGAAUUACAGGCUUCCAAGACACGUAAUACCGAAAAAUUACAAAUUGAGACUGGAGCCAACAUUGAAGGGCCGCAACAAAACAUUUACGGGUUCCGUCAAAAUUCAGCUUGAUAUACUACAACCCACGCAAAACGUGACUUUGCAUUCUAAUAAACUCCGUAUUACAUUCGUGGAUUUAAAAAGAGACGAUGAUUUGAAUAAACAUAAUAUCAGAACAGAGAAUAAUAUCGACGACACAAGAGAUAUGUUAAUAAUAAGAACGGAGGAAGAGUUAUCAAGAGGCCUUUAUACGUUGAGGAUAGUCUUCUCGGGCAAAUUAACACAGAAAAUUGUUGGAUUUUAUUCGUCACGCCUAAGAGAUGGCAAGACAAUGGUGGCAAGCAAGUUUCAGCCAACAUAUGCUCGGCAAGCGUUCCCCUGCUUUGACGAGCCAGAUUUCAAGGCAACUUAUGAUAUCACUCUUGUAAAACCGGAGAAUUAUAUAGCCCUCUCCAAUAUGAAUGAAAUAUCCAGAUCUCGUGAUGAUAAAACAUCCUCAGAUGUUGUGACAUUUGCAACUAGCGUUCCCAUGUCAACAUACUUAGCCUGCUUUGUGAUCUGUGACUUUGCCUCCAAAGAAACAGAGAUCAACUCCAAUGGUAUAGGAAGCAACUUUAUAUUGAGAUCAUUUGCGCAGAAGGAUCAGACACACAAAAUUGAUUUUGCUCAGAGUAUUGGGAAGAGAGCGACUGAGUUCUAUAUACAGUAUUAUGAAGUGCCAUUUCCCCUGCCAAAACUAGACAUGAUAGCCAUCCCUGACUACAUAUCGGGAGCCACGGAGCACUGGGGCCUGGUGACGUACCGCGAGACCUCGUUCCUAGUUGACGAGGCCACGGCCUCGGCGCAGAACAAGAUCAGCGUGGCCAACACCAUUGCGCACGAGCUGGCGCACAUGUGGUUCGGCAACUUGGUGACUAUGAAAUGGUGGGACGACUUGUGGCUGAACGAGGGCUUCGCGUCCUACAUGCAGGCCAAGUGUUUGAACGCCAUCGAGCCUUCCUGGACUAUGCUGGAUCAAUUUUUGAAAGGAAUGCACACGGUGAUGGUGACGGACGCGAAGCUCUCGAGUCAUCCCAUCGUGCAAACUGUAGAGACGCCCGAUCAGAUCACUGCCAUAUUCGACACCAUUUCUUACAAGAAGGGUUCAUCAGUAUUACGUAUGCUGGAAGGUUUCAUAGGCGAGGAGAGCUUCCGCAGGGGUGUAUCGGACUAUCUCAAGAAGCACAAGUUCGGGAACACGGUCACCCAGGACCUGCUCGCCUCGCUGGAGCCCUACUUCAAGAAGGGCAACCCCGAUCUUAAUCUUAGAUACAUAAUGGACACAUGGACGCGUCAGAUGGGCUACCCGGUACUGACGGUGACCAGGACGAACACGUCCUACCGCGUCACGCAAUCGCGGUUCCUCUUGGACCCGGAGGCUGAGUCACCUAAUGAUUCCGAGUAUAAUUACAGGUGGUUCGUGCCUGUUACAUACAAAACUAAUAACGGCGUAAACGAAAAAGUCAUCUGGUUCGGAGACAAAAAGGAAAACGUUGAAAUAUCGGAGCUAAACGCUACCUGGCUCAAGAUAAACAACAACCAAGUGGGGUACUACCGGGUGAACUACCCGCAGGAGAUGUGGCAGAGCUUGGUAGACCAGCUGAAGGCGAGAUCUGAUCAGCUAACGAUAUCAGACCGCUCGCACUUGCUGGACGACGUGACGGCGCUGGCCGAGGCCGGCCUCGUGCCGUACUCGCUAGCCCUCCACCUGACCACCUACCUCAGUGUGGAGGAGGCCUAUGUGCCGUGGCAGACCGCCGCCGACAUAUUCGGCGAUCUGUCACUGAGGCUACUUAAUACGCCCGCCCAUGACGAUCUCAAGCAAUACAUGCAUGAACUUGUCAAGCCAAUUUUUACUAAAGUGGACGAAGGAUCUGGCAAUUCGGGAGUGAAUGAGGGUCUCCUACGUACCACGAUCCUGUCGCUGGCCACUAAAGUGGAGCUCCCGGAGGCCCAGAGCAAGGUGCGACGGAUGUUCCUCGAGUGGCUGAACAGCCACGGCUCCGGGCCCGUGAAGACUGUCGAGACAGACUUGAGGGACCUAGUAUAUUACCACGGUAUGAAACAGGGUACACAGGCAGAGUGGGACAAACUCUGGCAGAUCUACAAGAGAGAAGAGGACGUACACGAGCAGUCUAAGAUUAGGCAAGCGUUGGCGGCGCCGCGGAAUACGGCUAUACUCAGAAAGUAUCUCGACCUCGCGUGGGACGAAACCAACGUCCGCGCCCAAGACUACCUGAACGUCAUCCAAACGAUCAGCAACAACCCAUCAGGCACCGAUUUGAUAUGGGACCACAUCCGCAAUCGUUGGCCCUCGCUAGUGGAGCGCUACACGCUCAACAGUCGGAACCUGGGCGCCGUUGUACCGGGCGUCACUGACUCAUUCAACUCGGAAAGGGACCUCAAAGAGAUGGAGGAUUUCUUCGCGAAGUACCCCGACGCGGGCGCGGGCGUGUCAGCGCGAAAACGCGCGCUUGAAACAGUUCGCAACAACGUCAAGUGGGCCUCAAGUAGAGCCCCCGCUGUGAGCGCGUGGUUGCAAACAAGACGCGCGCAGAGCUCCACACAGAAAUCAUAACCUGUGGACCAUGUAGUACCCAUCAAAGUCAAAGUAAAGACAUUAUUUAUUCACUGACCUAGCAACUAGCAUUUUGGAAUACAUGGUAAAUUGCGCUAAAAAAAGUUAAACAACUUCAAACGGCUGGACGCAGCCCAGCGCCCGCUGUAACCGCUAACUCGUUUCUCAUUUGUCUAGUGGGAAAGCUUGACAUUGCAUAUUGAAAAUUGAGUAGAUUUUGAAUUAUAACGUCAUAAUAUUUAAUGUCCAAAUCAAAGUUUUUAGAACAACUUUCAAUUUCUUUAUGGUGAGACCAGACGGAUUGCCUUAAGUUUUAUGCAUUUUCUAGAAUGUUAAAGUUACCUAUUGAAAGACUGCACAGAUCUUUGAGAAUGUUGUACUUAUACUCGUUUUAUUAAUGUUUAAAUAAAAUAUUUACCGUAA